AUGAAGCUGAAAAUCAAGACUUUGAAUAACCUGGAGGCGGAGGUUGACGUGGAGGCGGGUGUAACCGUGGCGGAUUUGAUGAAGGCUGUGGAGGCUGCUCUGCCGUCGUUGCCGUCGGACCGUCAGAAACUGAUCCACUCUGGGAAGGUUUUGAAACGAGAAUUACGGCUCUCCGAUUACUCUGACAUAAAGGAAGGAGACAAGGUCAUCGUGAUAACGUCCAAGCAGCCAUCCACUGUUCCCACCGCGCCAGCUGUUGAGCAGCCCGUUUCAUCUACCGAAGUGCAACCUUCUGCGGCGGCUGAGUCUACGGAGCCUUUGGCCUCUGCAGCUUCAAGAUUCGUUACUGGUUCUGAGCUCGAAAUGAACAUUUCCCGUAUUUGCGAAAUGGGUUUCCCGCGCGCCGAUGUGGAACAGGCUAUGGCAGCUGCUUUUAACAACCCUGAGCGCGCUGUUGAAUUCCUUUCUACAGGUAACAUCCCACAGUCUAAUGACCUUUUGCUAAAUUCUAACGUGGAGGACAACCAGCCAUCGAAUAAUGCGACGCAUGCGACGAGGCCGGAUGGCUCCUUGCAAUCGAUCCAAUCGCAUCCCGCCUUCCGCCAAAUGAGACGGGCGCUUAACUCUGACCCUCAGAUGCUGCAGCAACUGCUCGAAAACAUCGGUAGAACAAACCCGGAGUUGCUUCAGAGCAUAGUGGAGCACCAAGACGAGUUUAUGAACAUGCUAAACAGUUCGGGCAACCCAGAUCCGUAUUCCUCCUCUGAGGAGGGCCCUGCCGUUGUCCAUCUGACAGAGGAGGAGCUGGCCAUCGUCCAGCGGCUGGAGGGCAUGGGAUUCCCGCGUCCCGCAGUAAUUGAAGCGUUCUUAGCCUGUGACAAGAACGAGGAGAUGGCGGCCAACUAUUUGCUCGAGAAUGCCAACGACUUCGCGUCCGAGGAGUGA